UCGUCAAAUGGCAACCAUGAAUGUCUCUCAUUGCCUCCAUAAUAUAACCACUGUGGAAGAAGUCAUGCGCCACAUUGCUAUCGUCACCAAUGUGAUUAUCUUGGUACUGGGUGUUUCUGGCAAUGGGUUGGUCAUGUGGAUCAUAGCUAAGAGAAAGAAGCAUAAUACCUUCACCUCCAUCUGCUACUUCAACCUGGCUGUGGCCGACUUCCUCUUCUCUGCAGGUCGAAUCCCUGCCCUUGUGCAAGAGAUCAUGUACAGCCGUUGGCCCUUUGGCCUCAUCCUUUGCAAGCUCCAUAGCUUUGCUCGCUACCUCACUACCUUUACGAGCAUCUUCAUCCUCACUGUUAUCAGUCUUUAUCGCUGUCUGAUGGUAGUAAGGCCGGUCUGGGCCCGAAACCACCAAAGUCCUCGUUUUCAAGCCCUGAUGUGCAUUGGAGCGUGGAUCCUGGCUUUGUUCUUCAGCAUCCCUUACCUGGUGGUCCGCACUGUUGAAGUCAGAAAUGGGGCCUCCUGUUGUGUCUAUCAGAAGGAUCUCAGAAUCUCUACAGAAUUGCCCCUGAGACUGAGCAGGUUCUUGGGGGGAUUCCUCCUGCCUUUUGUCAUCAUCUCCACAGCUUACUCAGUUCUACUUUGCAAGCUUCGUCGGCGUCGUUGGACAAGCGGCCACCGCACCAUCAGUCUGGUGGCCACCAUUGUGGCUCUUUUCUUCAUCUGUUGGCUGCCUCACCACAUCUUUGUGCUGCUGAGCACCGUUUGGAGCAAAAAUGAGUUUUGGGGAAUUGCACUCAAGCUCUCCAAUGCUUUGGCAUACCUCCACGGCUGCAUCAACCCAGUGCUCUAUGGCUUUGUGGGGUAUAUCCGGAGCAAAGGCCUCCACCGCCAAGCCUCCUUCUUGGGAUUUUUUCGCAAGGCCCUCACUGAAGAGGAUGACACUUCAGUGGGGACAGAAGCAUCACAGAACCUUAGUCAGAAGGCUUCAGGAUGCAAGGAAAGUUGA